AUGACUCUCCUCGUCGUCUUGCUCGCCAAGAUCGACAACCGGCCACUGGAGAGCUGGUCUCUUCCAAUCCAGCCCAACUCCUUGAUAGCUGUCCUCACUACUGUCGCGAAGGCAGCAAUGAUGGUGCCUGCAGCUUCUUGCAUCAGCCAACUGAAGUGGCGUCACUUCACCAUGCGGGCGCGGAGGCUGGUGGACCUCCAGCUGUUCGACGAUGCGAGUCGCGGUCCCUGGGGCUCUGUGAUCAUCAUCUGGAGCCUGCCUUUCCGUGCCCGGGCGCUCCUUGCAUCCGGAUUCGCUUUUGUCACCAUCGUGGCUCUUGGCAUUGAUGCUUCCGCCCAGCAGGUCAUAGAAUUUACACUCCAAUCAUCACCGCUGAGUAACGCUUCGGUAGAGUUAGGCAUGGCGGACAUGUACUUGUCAAAGGGAUUCCUUGAUGAUACAGUUUACGAGAGUAGUAUAUGGAAGCCGAACCCUGACCUCCUUGCUAUACAAUCCCCCAUCAUCAAUGGCGCAACGGGCUCCGUCUUCCCGCCACACUUCAAAUGCCCAGAGCCCGCAACUAGAUGCAGCUGGGAAACAAUGACGACCUUGGGGGUCUGUAUAGACUUCAAGAACGUGACAGACCUCGCGACACCGAAGUGUGCGCCAAUGGAUAAUGCGGGAACCCUUAAUUGCAUUUAUGAGUUCCCUGGCAAGUCCGUCUCCAUCGACCCAGACGAUGAUUUGACCAUGUCUUGGAACCAAGAGAGCCUCGGUGGAGCCGGACCUACGACCAUGCUCUUCCAGUCCCAGGUGCUCAAUUAUGUCCAGUCUAACUAUAACCCCUUUGGGUAUUUCCAGGCUGUCAAGGCUUCGACGGAUGGUUACCCAAUUGCGAGAGACGAUGGAGAGGACUACGAGCCACCACCAGUGGAAGUAUACUACAGCACCUUCGCAUGGUGCAUGCAGACCUUCCACAACGUCACGGCAUCCCAAAGUGCAGUAACUGCAGAGUCAAUGACAUCUGAAACGCUGUCAUUUGCGGAAAGUCAUUUCGUUGGCGAAGAGGGGAACCCCAUGGGUCAGGACUACUACACAUUCGUGGCGAACUCAAGUGCGGCUACCUUCAACGUGUCCCUGAUGGCAACGGGUCUUCUGGCUAUGGGCUUUGCACUUCAGAACUCCAAUCUCAGCACCGUCAUCUCAAACAUUGCGGGUACAAUCACCAAUCAGAUAAGGAGCCGCGACCCGGGAGAUAUCCAGAACGCUUCUUCCAUGGCCGGGAAUGCCCUUUUCAACGAGCCUUACAUCCACGUGCGGUGGCCAUGGAUGAUCCUGCCGCUGGCUGAGACCUUAUUAACGACCUUCUUACUGGUCACGUCUAUCAUCAUCACGCACAGGCAGCCUCUGCUCAAGCAAUCCCUCAUGGCACUCCUCUCCAACAGACUGGAGGGGUGGGAUGACGAAGAAUUAGAGGUACCAGGGGCCCAGACGCAAGAGAAGCUUGAUGCUUUGGCCGAAUCAAUGCUAGCUCAGCUUGAAGCAAACGACACCGGUCGUCUGAGGCUAACCAGGAAGAAACUCGAGUAG